AUGGUGAAAAGAAAGAAGUUGAACGACGGAGAAGGUAAUAGUGCUGCCUCCACAAAGUACUUCUCUUGGCCUGAGCAUUUCGAUAAGCCAUUUGCAGAUUGUAUCUUAGAGUGCUUCGAGAAGGGACUGAUAGUGGAUGGCAUUUGUAAGAACGGUGUGUAUGGUCUGCUUGCGAGAAUGAUGGAAGCUAAGGUCCCGGGCUGUGGAGUGAAAGCCAAGCCUCAUGUAGAGGGUAGGAUUAAAAAAUGGAAGAAGAUCUGGCAUGCAAUGACAUUCAUGAGAAACCAGAGUGGAUGGGGCUGGGAUGAGAUUAAUCAGUGUGUCAUUUGUCCAGAUGAACGUUGGGCUGACUUUGAGAUGAAACACCCUAACUGUGAAGGUCUGAACAAGAAACCAUUCAUGGUUUAUGAUGCUCUGACACCGGUCUUCUGCAAAGGUCAUGCAAGUGGGGAUCAUGGGGUUGACACCAAUGAUCCGAUCUGCUUAGAUGGAACAUCAGGAGAAGACGAGGAAAUACCAAAUAUUGCUGACAUAGAUGCAAAUGAGAGGAUUUUUGAGGAAAUCAAUGCGGAGUUAGCUUCAACAGAUGGUGCUCCACCGAAGAAGAAAAAGAAAAAAGGAAUGACUGUUGAAGAACGCCUCACCGAUGCGACAGGAGAAAUGAGAGAUCUUCGCCCUUUGAUUAAACAAUCUAUGGAUACACUUGCAAGAGCACUUGGAGAGAGUGAUGAUCACAUCAGCAUGCGAGAUAAUCUUUUUGAGAGCUUGGAGCAGCUUGGGGGGCUGGACCGAGAGGAGAUCAUUGCAGCAGUGACAGUCCUAUCGAUGAAUGAUCGACACUUGAUGAUGUUCUACAAGAUACAAAACGUUCUGGACAAGUUGAUGUUCGUGAAAAGGUUGAUUGGUUGA